UAGAGCGCAGCGGACAGAGCGGCCCCUCCUAGACUGGACGUGUGGAAGCGCGCCAUAGCGGGGGAUUCACAGCUUGUUCUCCCCGGAGACAGCGCGGGCGGCGGGGGUGCAAAAUGAGCAUGUUUGGUUCAACUGGAGGUUUUGGAACAACAGGAAACAGCAUGUUUGGUAACACAGCGACUGACAACCACAAUCCAAUGAAGGACAUUGAAGUGACUUCCCCCCCUGAUGACAGCAUUGGAUGCUUGUCUUUCAGCCCCCCAACGUUACCUGGAAACUUCCUAAUUGCAGGCUCUUGGGCUAAUGAUGUUCGUUGUUGGGAAGUUCAGGAUAACGGCCAGACCAUCCCCAAAGCCCAGCAGAUGCACACGGGACCAGUGCUUGAUGUUUGCUGGAGUGAUGAUGGGAGCAAAGUGUUUACUGCAUCGUGUGAUAAAACUGCAAAAAUGUGGGAUUUGAACAGCAAUCAGUCCAUUCAGGUUGCACAGCACGAUGCUCCAAUAAAGACCGUCCAUUGGAUAAAGGCAGCUAAUUACAGCUGCAUCAUGACCGGGAGCUGGGAUAAGACCCUGAAGUUUUGGGAUACUCGCUCGCCAAAUCCACUGAUGACACUGCAGCUUCCUGAGAGAUGUUACUGCGCUGAUGUGGUUUAUCCAAUGGCGGUUGUCGCCACUGCAGAGAGAGGGUUAAUAGUGUAUCAACUGGAGAACCAGCCCUCUGAAUUCAGGAGGAUAGAGUCUCCUCUUAAACAUCAGCACCGAUGUGUCGCCAUAUUUAAAGACAAACAGAACAAGCCUACUGGCUUUGCUUUGGGGAGUAUCGAAGGACGAGUUGCUAUUCAUUACAUCAAUCCCCCAAACCCAGCCAAAGACAACUUCACAUUUAAAUGCCAUCGCUCCAACGGGACAAACACAACUGCACCACAGGACAUAUAUGCUGUGAACGGAAUUGCCUUCCAUCCUGUGCAUGGCACUCUGGCCACAGUGGGUUCCGAUGGCCGAUUCAGCUUCUGGGACAAAGACGCGAGAACCAAACUGAAAACCUCUGAGCAGCUAGACCAGCCAAUCUCUGCUUGCUGCUUCAAUCACAACGGGAACAUUUUCGCUUAUUCUUCAAGCUACGACUGGUCAAAGGGACAUGAGUUCUACAACCCACAAAAGAAGAAUUACAUAUUUCUGCGCAACGCGGCAGAAGAGCUAAAACCGAGAAACAAGAAGUAAUAGCACAGACUACACGGGACACAGUGGGAAGAAUAUUGGCAUCUGAUCUGACCAGCACAGGAUUUGCAUUUGGACACUAUAAUAUUAAAUCCACUGUUGUAAAAACUGCGUUUUAUUUUCUGGAUGUGUUCCUGGGGACCUCACGUAUAUGUUUUACCCGUGUACAGACUACAAACGGUGCCUGUAGGCAAGAGCAGAAGAUAAAUGGCUUGCUUUGCAGCCGCAGACACUUCCGUGCCGACGGAUCCUUUUACCAGAGUGAGAUGGUCCUGCAUGCUGAUACAGAAUCCUGCCUUAACACGUACAUGCUGUAAAACGAACAGGCUUUCCGAUGGGUUUUAUUUUAUAUUUGAAUAAAUUUUUCUUUUUAUUAA